UGAGGCAGUCAGUUUGUCAGUCAAGGGUUAGAGUCUAAGUGGUGAGGUUUGCAACCGCUAAUCCGGUUGUGCACUAUUCACCAUGGUUGACGCCCGUACUGGGAAGAGCACUAGCCCUUAUACCCAGGCUCAACAGGAGCAGAUGGUCGCCCUAGUGAAAGAGAAUAGAGAGAGGAAAGAGCUCCUAAAGCAAGCGAAAUUGAAAGCAAUCGCAGAGGAGCAGGCGGCGAAGAUGAAGAAACUGGAGGAGGAGAUGGAGGAGAAGAAAAAGGCUACUGAGGAAGAAGCAGCACCAGAGGAAGCGGAAGAGAGAAGACGCAGGGAAGAGAAAGGGGAGAGUAGUGGCACGACGAAUGCGGAUGCAGAGAUGGAGAAAAAGAUCAGCGAGUGGAUAGCUAAUUUGUCGUUGGGGGAAGAUGAGGAGGCACAGUUGUAUGUGCCACAAGUGGAGAAGGAGGCGUCUGCCAGGGUACUAGCAACGAUUGAGGACCCCCUGGAACGACAGGAGACAGAGGAGGAGAAGAAGUUGGAGUGGAGGUUGAAGAUGAAGAGGGAGAAGAAGAGAAGGAGGGAGGAAGUUAAUCGGCUGACCGCAGAGGUGGAGAAGGUGAGAGCCUAUAGAAAAGAGGUGCAGGCGCAGGCAGAUGUUUCUGCCAAAAUGGACAAGAUGCUGGGGUAUCUAGAAGUAUUGAGUGAGGCCUGGUUGGAGGAACGCCAAGCCAACUGGGGUCACGAUGUGGCCCUGAGUGCUAUGCGGUCAGGGUUUCGAGAGUUUGCGCGCGAUAUGGUUACCCACAUUGGGGCCGAAGUCAGGCGGUUAAGAGAGAACGUGGGGAAGUUCUGUGAAGGCGCCAUUGAGGGUGCCAAAGCAGUAGCCACCGUUGAGAGCGAGGCCAGACCCCGCAAGGACCCCGUUAAGCUUAAAUUCCCAGAUGCAUAUGGCGGGAAGAAGGAGGAAAAUUUUGAUAAUUGGGAGGCUCUAGCGGAAUUGGCGACGCAGGUGGGCCCAGAGGUGACGGCCCGCCUAGAGGGCACGGAACAUUAUUGCACGGGCGCCAUAGAAGGCGUCAAACUGGCUGCUCCUGAGGAGGAGGAGGCACGUCCCUGUAGGGAGUCGGUCAAGGUCAAGUUCCCUGACUCCUAUAAUGGGAAGAAGGACGAGAACUUCGACAAUUGGGAGGCUAACAUUAAGAUGUACGUGCAACUGCAGAAAGUCGCCCCAGACGAGCAUGUCCUGAUAGCGAUUCACGCUCUUAGGGAGGAAGCAGCAAGCUUCGCUCGUUCCCUGUGUCGUGCUGCCAACUGCAACGAUGAUCUCGUUGCCUAUUCUGCGUUCACGCCCCUCAAUGAUUUUCUUAGGUUAUUAAGGGAAUGGUUUGCAGACAUCUCGCGUAGUGUCAAAGCCUCUGAUAGAUUGCAAACCAUCCACUUUCGUCAGUGCAAGAGUGCCAGAGCACUCAAGGGAGUGAUGGAUGAGCUGGUCGCCAUCCCGGACCAUGGGGUCACAGAGACCCAAUUGGUCAACCUUCUUUAUCGGGCUAUGCCUGAACAAUUACGAGGGCACUUCUUCGAGAAUUGCCAGCAGCCCACCAUGACCUACGACGCAUUGAGCAGGGAAGUGGUGGCGUUCGAGGCGAGGUCCAUGUCAAUUUCCACUUUUUGGCAUAAGGACCUGGAUAAGGGUAAAAAGUGGAAGGGUCGCACCAUCUCGGGUCAGGUCAAGACCAAGGAUCGUUUGAUCCUUACGUUAGAUGAGGGUGGUGUCGACGAGGUCCCCUACGAGCAGAUUGAGUGGGGACUAGAGGAGGAGGACAGUGGUGUUAGCCCAGGGAGGACUUACGCUGCUGUCGCCGCUGGAGGGAGGCCGCAAGGAGGAGGUAGAGGCCAGGGCCAAGGGGGUCGGGCCUCAGGGGGCCGUUCCCAGGGCGAUCAGGGGGUUGGUGGUAGAGGAGGAAACCGCCAAGCGGGAGGAAGGAGUCAAGGUCCCCCCCAAAACCGUUCAGGGAAUAGGUCGCCUAAUAGGGGUCGGUGCCUAGAUAGUUGUCUAGAGACUGCUUGUGUUAGGGUCUCUCUAGGCACUUCCCUCACAGGCAUGGCCGAUGAGCUAAAGGAGAGGAUGCCCGCCUGGGCCAAGAUUAAAAAGGAGAGUAGAGGACAACUAGUUUUGGUAGAUGUAGAGAUUUUCAGAGGUAGAGUAGGGGCCCUAGUAGAUAGUGGGGCCACGCGCAACUAUAUCAGUAGAAAAGCGCUGCAGAAGUUGAAGUUGGGGCUAAAAGUCCAAAAGUUAGCAGACCCCAUUGUGAGCAUCCUCGCAGACAAUCGCACGAUGCGAGUAGAGGAUUAUGUAGAGGGAGUCCAGGCGUACUUUCACCUAGAGAAAAAUGGGAAGGUGGAGAAAGUUCUCCAUUCCCCGACUCUCCUCGUAGAGGACAACCUUCCUUUUGACAUAGUUCUGGGAAUGGAUUGGGGAAAGGCAGUCGGGGCCACACUCCAUUUGAGAGAGCACGAGUGUAGGCUCCCUAGUCCGUCAGGCGGGGUCAGGACUACCCGUUUGUUCCACGUGUCAGGAGUAGAUAACUCAUUGGCACACUGCUGCCUUAGCGCUCCUGCGCUUGCAAGAUUAGUGAAGAAGGAGCAACUAGAAGAACAAGUCUUUGUAGCCUAUGUUAGGCCAGUGACUGAGCCUGAUAUUGCCAAGCUGCUGGAAGAGUUUACAGACUUAGCUAAGCCACCAACAGGAGUAGUACCGCAGCCAAUCCAACAUCGUAUUGAAAUAGAGCCUGGCCAUAGGACUCCUAGGGGAGCAGUGUAUAGGAUGUCCCCGCGGGAGUUGGAGGAGCUGCGCAAGCAAUUAGAUGAGCUCCUAGAAAAGGGUUGGAUUAGGCCCAGUUCGUCUCUAUUUGGAACACCUGUUCUGUUUGUUCCCAAGAAGGAGGGAGAGCUCAGAAUGUGUAUAGACUAUAGGGGUCUCAAUGCUAUCACCGUGAAGAAUGCAGAGCCUCUGCCCCCUAUAGACGAUCUUUUAGAUUGGGUGCAGGGUUGCAAGUAUUUUUCGAAGAUAAAUCUGAAGUCCAGAUAUCAUCAGAUAGAGGUCCAUCCUGAUGAUCAGUAUAAGAUUGCGUUCCGGACUAGAUAUGGGCACUACGAGUUUAUAGUUAUGCCCUUUGGACUAACCAACGCGCCAACGACUUUUCAGUGUUGUAUGAAUGACUUAUUUAGGCCGCGGUUGGACAGGUUUGUGGUAGUCUAUUUAGAUGACAUUCUAGUGUUCAGUCGGACCCUCCAGGAGCAUGAGGGUCAUCUAAGGCAGGUCUUGGAGAAGCUUAGAGAGGCUAACUUCAAGAUCAACGCGAAGAAGUGUGAAUGGGCAAAGACCCAAGUUCUGUAUUUGGGCCAUGUCUCGGAUGGAGACAGCAUCAAACCAGAAGAUAGUAAGAUUGCAACGAUUAGAGAUUGGCCUACACCCCGCACGUUGACAGAGUUGUGGUCGUUCCUAGGCCUAGCUAACUACUACAGGAAGUUUGUUAGGAACUCCUCCACCAUCGUUGCUCCCCUUCGCAGGUUGUUGAAGAAAGAAACAAUCUGGAGGUGGGACAAGGACUGCACGUCUGCCAUGAAGAAGUUGAAACAGGCAUUGAUAGAGUACCCAGUCCUUAAGGUAGCCGAUCCGUCCUUACCUUUCGUUGUCAGCACUGACGCAAGCCAGUAUGGUAUAGGUGAUGUAUUACAGCAAGACGAUGGCAAUGGAUAUAGACUCGUAGAGUUCAUGUCUGCUAGGAUGCCUUCAGAAAAGGUAGCGACAUCUGCCUACGAGAGGGGACUCUACGCUCUCAGGCAAGCAUUAGAGCACUGAAAACACUACUUGCUUGGGAGGCACAUCAAAGUCUAUUCAGACCACGAGACAUUAAGGUGGUUGAAGACUCAGGCCAAGAUGACACCUAAGCUGACUAGGUGGGCCGCAGAGCUAGACCAAUAUGAUUUUGAGCUCAAGCCCGUCAAAGGGAAGUAUAAUGUAGUUGCGGACACUCUAAGUAGGAAAGAUGAUUACUUUGGAGCGAUAGUUCAUUAUCUGGAUAUAGGGAGAGACCUGCAACAGAAAGUUAGAGAGGCGUAUGUGCAGGACCCUAUCUAUAUUGACCUCCUCAAAAGAGUAAAGGAGGCCCCAGAGU